ACUCCUGAACCGUCACUACCACACCUGCGACUGCACAGUGAACUCUGAACCGCGGAGAGGCUCGAGCCUUUCAAUAUCAUAUCACCGGACAUCUGAUCCGUGUGAUCACCGGAAAAAUAACGAAGACGUAAAGAGCCGAUUUCGUCAGCGAAACGAAGACGUUAGGACUCUGUCUGUUUUCGCUGUUCUAUCCUCCCUGAGAGCCUUUUUUUUUUUUUCUUUAACUAUAUAUAUAUAUAUACACACAUAUUUUCUUCCAAUGGCUUCGGAGGAUGUGAAGAGCGAAUCAGCGGUGUCAACGAUCGUGAAUUUGGCGGAGGAGGCGAAACUGGCUAGAGAGGGUGUGAGGGCUCCGAGCUAUGCUGUUCUCAGUAUUUGCAAGUCUCUGGUCGCUGGUGGGGUCGCUGGAGGCGUGUCACGCACAGCUGUUGCUCCCUUGGAAAGAUUGAAAAUACUGCUCCAGGUUCAGAAUCCCCAUAACAUAAAAUACAAUGGAACAAUUCAAGGGUUGAAAUAUAUAUGGAGAACUGAGGGUUUUCGUGGACUGUUCAAAGGAAAUGGUACUAAUUGUGCACGUAUUGUUCCAAAUUCUGCAGUCAAGUUCUUCAGCUAUGAACAGGCUUCAAAGGGAAUCUUGCGUCUAUAUCAGCAGAAAACUGGCAAUGAAGAUGCUCAGCUCACUCCUCUCUUGCGUCUCGGGGCUGGGGCAUGUGCUGGAAUAAUUGCCAUGUCUGCAACUUACCCAAUGGACUUGGUACGAGGCAGGUUAACUGUACAGACACAGAAUUCUCCAUAUCGGUACAGAGGAAUAUUCCAUGCUCUAUCAACUGUACUCCGGGAAGAAGGCCCACGUGCUUUAUAUAAGGGCUGGCUUCCUUCUGUUAUUGGAGUUAUUCCAUAUGUGGGUCUGAACUUUUCCGUGUAUGAAUCUCUAAAGGAUUUUUUAAUUCAAACUAAACCAUUUGGACUGGUUGAAGACAAUGAGUUGAGUGUGACAACACGGCUGGCGUGUGGAGCUGCUGCUGGAACUGUUGGACAAACGGUUGCGUAUCCUCUCGAUGUCAUACGUAGACGAAUGCAGAUGGUGGGAUGGAAUAAUGCUGCUUCUGUUGUUACUGGUGAUGGAAGGAACAAGGCCCCACUCGAAUAUACUGGUAUGAUUGAUGCAUUCAGGAAAACCGUUCGACAUGAGGGCUUUGGGGCAUUGUACAAGGGUUUGGUCCCCAAUUCUGUGAAGGUAGUUCCAUCUAUAGCUAUUGCAUUUGUGACAUACGAGGUGGUGAAGGACAUUCUGGGAGUUGAGAUCAGAAUAUCAGACUGAAGUGUGAUAAUUAUUGAACAAAUAUUCUCUUUAUUGUAGGUAAGGAAAUAGAGAGGUAAACUAGGGGUAAUUUUUUCCUUCUCGUUUCUCCAAUAAUGAGUUAGAAGCAUGCUGAAGUCUGUUUAUAAAUGGUUUCCCUUGUUUUCCUAUCGAUGUUUCCUUCUGGAUAUUCUUUAGCUUUCGGCUUCUUAUCGAUAUGCCAGGUCAAAUAAAUAUUUUGACAAUGCAAGAACGCAUUUGCAUGCCCUUCCAUAAUAACACAGAACGCUUUCUCCAUGAUA